CACGACUCGACGCACACGACAUCAUGGCCCUUUGCUUUGCCUGUCACUUUGCAACCGACCGUUUUGUCCCGAUCCCGCUGACCUGCCACACACAGACAGCACAGCCCUCGCCACCUGCAAAUCUCAGACGCUGCAUGUGUGUACGUAACUACUACUUAGACACCAAGUACCUGCUUACGUAUACGACAUACAGUAACUAGUUAG